GAGCUGCAAAACUAGCUGACAGAGUGAGUAAGUGAGUGAGUGAGUGACAUAAAGAGAAACAGAUAGAGAGAUAGGGAGAGAGACACUCGUGUCGUGGGUUAACGUUGCUGCAGCUUCUGCUCUCGGAAGGACAACAGCUCCACUCCACGGAGGCACAGAUUGAUCACUUGUGUGAAAUGGCUUCAUAAUAUAUGCCCGGGUCUCUCUUCUUAUUCGAUUUGAAGUGGCUCAUCAUCACAGCAAGAAGUCAAAUCGAGUCCUCGGGCCUCGGCUGCAGCGCUGUUUUUGGUACUCCUCUCCAGAGUUUCCUGCUGUUACAUGGUAACACACAGCUGAAAACAAGAGGGUGUUGAAGAUGGCAGUGUGGAUCCAGGCCCAGCAGUUGCAGGGAGAUGCUCUGCACCAGAUGCAGUCUCUGUACGGUCAGCACUUCCCCAUUGAGGUGCGACAUUAUCUGUCCCAGUGGAUAGAGGGCCAGCUCUGGGAUGUCAUAGACCUGGAGAACCCACAGGAGGAGUUCAAGGCCAAACGCCUGCUGGACAGCCUGAUACAGGAGCUGCAGAAUAAGGCUGAGCACCAGGUGGGAGAAGACGGCUUCCUCCUCAAAAUCAAACUGGGACACUACGCCAGCCAGCUCAAGAGCACGUAUGACCGCUGUCCUCUGGAGUUGGUCAGAUGCAUCAAACACAUCCUGUACACGGAGCAGAGGCUCGUCAGAGAGGCUACAAAUUCAAGCUCACCGGUGGGCGGGAUGAUGGACAGCAUGUCUCAGAAAUACCAGCAGAUCAAUCAGGCUUUUGAAGAGCUCCGCCUGAUGACCCAGGACACAGAGAAUGAUCUGCGCAAGCUCCAGCACAACCAGGAAUACUUCAUCAUCCAGUACCAGGAGAGUCUCCGCAUUCAGGCUCAGCUGACCAGCCUGACCACGCUGCCCCCUGCUGACCGACAGCUACGGGAGCCCGCCCUCCUCAGCAAGAGGGCAACUGUGGAGGCUUGGCUGACCAGAGAGGCAAACACACUACAGAAAUACAGACUGGACCUGGCAGAGAAGCACCAGAAAACGCUGCAGCUGUUGAGGAAGCAGCAGACCAUCAUUCUGGAUGACGAGCUAAUCCAGUGGAAGAGACGGCAACAGCUGGCGGGCAACGGGGGCCCGCCAGAGGGAGGCCUGGACAUCCUGCAGUCCUGGUGUGAGAAGCUGGCGGAAACCAUUUGGCAGAACAGGCAGCAGAUCCGGAGAGCAGAGCACCUUAGACAACAGCUGCCCAUCCCCGGCCCCAUCGAAGAGCUCCUCAACGAACUCAACAGUACUAUCACAGAUAUCAUUUCAGCAUUGGUCACCAGCACCUUCAUUAUCGAGAAACAGCCUCCACAGGUGUUAAAAACCCAGACCAAGUUUGCCGCCACAGUGCGCCUCUUAGUGGGCGGGAAGCUGAACGUGCACAUGAAUCCCCCGCAGGUCAAAGCCACCAUCAUUAGUGAACAGCAAGCCAAGGCACUGCUGAAGAAUGAGAACACGAGGAAUGAUAGCAGUGGAGAAAUUCUCAACAAUAACUGUGUGAUGGAGUACCACCAGACAACAGGCACACUCAGCGCCCACUUCAGGAACAUGUCGUUGAAGAGGAUCAAGCGGUCGGACAGACGAGGGGCAGAGUCUGUCACAGAAGAGAAGUUCACCAUUCUGUUCGAGUCCCAGUUCAGUGUCGGAGGCAACGAGCUUGUUUUCCAAGUGAAGACGUUGUCACUUCCUGUCGUGGUGAUAGUUCAUGGUAGUCAAGACAAUAACGCCACAGCAACGGUUUUGUGGGACAACGCUUUUGCUGAGCCAGGACGGGUGCCUUUCCUCGUGCCAGAUAAAGUGCUCUGGCCUCAGUUGUGCGAUGCCAUCAAUAUGAAGUACAAGGCCGAAGUGCAGAGUAACCGAGGCCUGUCUGACGAGAACCUGGUCUUCCUGGCUCAGAAGGCCUUCAGCAGCUCCAGCAACAACCCGGACGAUUACCGCAACAUGACAAUGACCUGGUCGCAGUUUAACAGGGAAAGCUUGCCGGGGAGGAACUUCACAUUUUGGCAAUGGUUUGAUGGUGUGAUGGAACUCACGAAAAAACAUCUCAAACCACACUGGAAUGAUGGAGCCAUAUUGGGCUUCGUGAACAAGCAGCAGGCUCAGGACAUGCUGAUGUCCAAACCCAACGGUACUUUUCUCCUGCGCUUUAGUGACUCUGAGAUUGGAGGGAUUACGAUAGCCUGGGUGGCAGAAAAUCCCAAUAAAGCAGGUGAGAGAAUGGUUUGGAACCUGAUGCCCUACACAACCAAAGACUUCUCCAUUCGCUCACUGGCCGACCGCAUCAGUGAUCUCAAUCACCUCCUCUUCCUCUACCCCGACAGACACAAGGACGAGGUGUUCUCCAAAUAUUACACCCCACCGCUCUCAAAAGCAGUGGACGGCUAUGUGAAGCCGCAGAUCAAACAAGUGGUGCCCGAGUUUGCUACAGCCAAUCCAGAUCCAACAAGCGGGAACCAAACCUACAUGGAUCACGGCGCGUCGCCGGCACCCGUCAGUCACGUCCACACCUAUGGCAUAUACCCGCCAAUGAGUGACUCCAUGCUGGACACGGACGGAGACUUCGACCUGGACGACACCAUGGAUGUGGCGCGGCACGUGGAGGAGCUGCUCCGGCGGCCGGUGGAGAGCCAGUGGGGGGGCCAACAGUCGUGACCUUCGACUGUCGAACCCUGCCUCCCAUCUUGCCCCACUCACAUUGACAUUUAUCAUGUUUUAAUUCCAUUCAAUUUCUGUUUUGUUUUCAGAUAGCUAUAAUGUGAAAUGUUAAUAAUGGUUGUGAUUCUUUUUUUUUGGAUUUUUUUUUCCUCCAGCAUGAGAGCAUGCAUGUCAGUGACUCUUUAGUUUCAUGUGUGUCUGUAAGUGUUCUGUAAAGACAGACCUAGGUCUAAACAAAAACCUACGUUGUUACAGUAUUUGUGAAAAAGAAAACAAGAAAUAAUUCUCAUUCACAUUGUGCAUGCAUUUCCAGCUGAUUUUCGAACAGAUUUAAAACAAUAUUGCUACUGUAUGAUGUCAUUUUAACGGUUGAAUGUUUUUACUUUGUGAUAUUUUCUUCUUUGUAAAUGGGUUAUCCGUGUU